AUGUCUGCAACUUUCGAGCCAACUCUGAUCAUUCACGGUGGUGCAGGCACCUUCUAUCGCUCAAAGCUACCACCUGAUCUUUAUGCCGCCCACCAUGCCUCGCUCCAAUCCUACCUCCGCUCAACCAACAACCUCCUCAAAAAUGGCGCCACAGCCCUAGACGCAGCCGUCCAUGCAGUCUCUUUACUAGAAGAUGACCCCCUGUUCAACUGCGGUCGAGGUAGCGUCUUUACCACCGAAGGCACGAUCGAGAUGGAAGCCUCGGUCAUGGUUACAUCCGUGCAGCCGUACGAUGCAGCACAACCAGGUGCAAUAAAACGUGGUGUGGGUGUCAUGGGUGUUCGCAACGUCCGCCACCCCAUCCGCCUUGCCCGUGAAUCACUACUGAGAUCAGGCAUCAACCCAGACGGGACGCCUUCCAAUGAUGGAGGCAAUAUGCACUCCCAGCUAGCGGGUCCUCAUGUUGAAACUCUUGCCAGGGAUUGGGGACUCGAAUUCAAACCAGAUGAGUGGUUCUGGACGCAAAAAAGGUGGGAUGAGCACAUACGAGGUCUGAAGGGUGAGGAAGAGCCUGUUUCCUUGAGCCAAGGUACUGUGGGAUGUGUUUGUCUGGACCAAUGGGGCAAUCUUGCCGUUGCGACAAGCACUGGUGGUCUGACCAAUAAACUACCCGGGCGCACUGGUGAUACACCAACUCUUGGUGCAGGAUUCUGGGCUGAGGCGUGGGAUGAACUGGUAUCAAGUGCUGGUCAAACGGCGACAUCAAACCUAUCUUCAGUAGGCGACCUCCUACGCGAUGCAAGAACAUAUCUGGGGGAUUGCAUGUCACAGCUUUUAUGGAGUCCAAGCUCCCCUGGUUACUCUUCUCUUCACAGUGCCCAAUACUCCGACCGACCGGACUCGGGUUCUGAAAAGACUCCAAAUUUCGAAUCAUCUGCCCAACAGCCCAUCAGGAGGCGUGCAAUAGCAAUCUCUGGAACCGGGAAUGGCGAUUCGUUCCUUCGCGUCGCGGCUGCACGUACCACUGCCUCAAUGCUGAGGUUUUCUCCAAGCAAAUUUCAAUUGGGCCUAGCGGACGCGGUGAGUGCCGUAGCCGGGCCCGGGGGCGAGCUCCAACGGUCGGCUGGGUCAAGAUGGGAAUUGACAGGCGAGGGCUCAGGAGGCAUGAUCGGCAUAGAGGCGGAACUUGCAGGACCUGGAUCGGCGAACACUAAGCUGCAUCAUGGGCGGGUCGUUUUUGACUUCAAUUGCAGUGGCAUGUGGCGGGCCUGGGUUGAGACCAACAAUGCUGGCAAGGAAGUUGAAAAAAUUAUGGUCUUUCGGGAGGACUACUGA